AUGGUGUCAAAAGAGGAGGAGAACUUUCUUCGUAUUGUGUAUCUACACUACAGAGUAGCCACUGGAGCACUUACAAAUUUCUUUGAUAAGUUACAUCCAAGUUUAUCCGCUGAUUUAAAUAUACCAGGAAAUAAGGCUAUAUUGCAAGAUCUGUAUAUUCCCCCUCCUAGGAAGAAACGAUUUCUAUAUCGAAGUCAAUGGGAUACUUUGUAUCCUCCACCAGGACCAACAAUAGUUACUUCAGCAGAUUUAGACAUGACAUUAAUCGUUUGUCUACUACGUAACAUACCUCCAUUGGUGACAGAACCUCCAACUGGAUUUGACAAUUUACCUCCUCCUCAUGACAAAAGUGACGGAGCAAACAUUGCUCGCUUGAAAUAUCAUAAAAACUUUCUGGUGUCACAUUCAAAGGAUGGCACAUUACCUGAUGCAGACUUUGUGAGAAUCUGGAGUGAAUUAGAACAGGCCAUUACGGGUCUUGAUAAUUCACUUGCUACUGCUGCGAGUUUGAAAGAUGCAAAAACAAAGAUGCUGGAUAACUCGAUGGUACAAAUGUUGUCAACACAAAUACAACUUGUCACGAAAGUUUCUAAUUUUGAAAAGGAGUUGAAACACAUUUCUUCACAUAUUGACAAAGAUGUACAAGAAAAGAAGCAACUAAAACAGAUAACAGAAACUCUUGAUGAAAAAAUGAAAAUUAAAGAAGAUAGUUUUGAAAUGGAGUAUAAAGAAUGUAAAGAAAACGUAGAUAGGUUAUCCGAACGACUGGAUACUAGUGAAGUACAAAUGAAUGAAAGAGUUGAAAGUAUUGAAAAAGUUUUAGAGGAAUUACAGAAAUUACAACAAUCUCUAAAUUUACAAUUCACUCGAAUCAAAACCAUUGCCAUAGAAAGUAAGAGCGAAAAAGAAGACUUUGUAAAGAAUGUGCAGUCAUUGUGCAGUCUUAUUCAAGUUGAUAUGACCAAACACGAAGAAAGAAUAGCAGCACUUGAGAACAGUUCUGGAACUCUUCAGGAAAUACAGAGAGACAUUGACAGCCUGAAAAGCAAGUUAGAUACAUUGAAAGAAGAAAUAAAAAAGCAAGUUGGAGAUCAUAUUCCACCACAUAUUCAAGCUCACCAUAGACAAGAAGUCAAAGAAUGGGAGCAAGAUCAAACUACCUUUUUGGAAACCAGAGCAACACGUCACAUACUGGAAUCUCUACCCUUGCAUAACUGUAUUGUUGUGACAGGAAGCUCGGGAUGUGGCAAAACUUCAAACAUUCACCAAGCUGCCUUACACUUACGUGACAGUUUGGAAUAUGAGAUAAUACCUGUGUUAACAGGACCAACAGACAUUAUAAAUUAUUAUAAUGAAAACAAAAAACAAGUGUUUAUUGUUGAUGACAUCUGUGGAAAGGAAACAAUCAACAUGCAGACAUUACAGACAUGGAGAGAUUAUUCAGAAACAAUUGAGAAAAUAUUUAAAAUUGCAGAAAAAAAUGUUGCAAGUAAAAAUAAUAAAACGGUUUCAAAGGUAUCAAGUCCAAAAUUACUGCUGUCAUGUAGACUGCAUAUAUAUAAAGAAGCACAGUUUCAACGUAUAACAUUAUUCACAAAAAAAGAAUGCAAUUUAUUAUCACCCGAGUUGUGUCUGCUGGAAGAAGAAAGAAUGCACAUGCUGCACAAGUAUCUUCCAGAUGACAUAAUUGACAGUAUAAAAGAAGUCACGGAGAACGUUGAUUACUUUCCCUUGCUUUGUAAAUUGUCAAAAGACAAAACAUCUGAGGAAGUGAAGAAACUGUUUACAGCUCCUUUAAUCAGUAUUAAACAGAAUAUAAAUAACAUUAUUCAUGAAAACAAAGAACAAUUCUGUGCUCUUGUUAUUUGUAUUGUUUUUAAUGAUGGAUUCGAUACAGAUUGGCUCAAAUUAGGAUCAGUUUCAGAAAGGAAGAACAUGAAAACGGACAAACUUAAGUACAUUGUUAAAGAAUUUGACAUGGACUUAAGCAAACAGAAGCAUCGAAAUUCUAUAAAAACUGCCUUUUCAACAUUAAAUGGCACCUACUUAAAACUGAGAGGAACAGAGUAUAGAAUGAUACAUGACAAAAUAUAUACAAUGGCAGCUGUAAUCUGUGGACAACACCUUACAGAAUAUUUUAUCAAAUAUGCUCCAGCUAUAUUAAUUCGGGAUAAUUUCAUCUUUGAAUCUGUAACUGAAGUCCAUGAAAAUGAUAAUUUAAUUGUAUUAUUAAAAGACGAAGAAGACGAUUAUUUUGAAAGACUGUUAUGUGACUUAACAAAACAUGUCAUUCUAAGUACAUUCAAUAAUUACCAGUUAAUUAGUCAGACAUUUAGACAUAAGUUAAUAAGCUUUUUGAAAAAGAAAAAGGAAGCAAACACAGUAUUAAUGAAGCUUGACACAGAAGGUUGCAAAACAAUAAAACAUGGUUCUCUAAAAUAUACGUUUUAUCAACACUAUUAUACAUGUUAUACAACUCCUUUAAUAGAAUCAGUAAAUACGGGAUAUUUUGAUAUUAUUGAAUUUCUGAUUGUUAAUGUUAAAUGUAAUGUGAAUAAAACAGACGAAAGAGGAAAUUCCCCUCUAUAUAAGGCAUCUGAAAGAGGACAUACAGCUGUAGCUAAACUAUUAUUAGAGAACAAUGCUGAUGUAUCUAAAUGUAAUAAGUCAGGUAAGUCUCCAUUGUAUGCGGCCUGUAAAAGAAGAUAUAAAGAUACAGUAGAACUGUUACUUCACAGCAAGGCUGAUCUCAAUCAGCUGAAUAAAAGUUGGUAUUCUCCAUUGAAUGUGGCCUGUAAAGAAGGAUAUAGGGAUAUAGUAGAAUUGUUACUUCAAAGCAAUGCCGAUGUCAAUCAGUGUGAUAGGUAUGGAACAUCUCCAUUGUUUGUAGCCUGUGAAGGAGGACAUACAGAUAUAGUAGAACUGUUACUGCAGAACAAUGCUGAUGUGUGUCAGUGUAACAAGUCAGGUGAGUCUCCAUUGGAAGCGGCCUGUAAAGGAGGAUAUGAAAUAACAGAAGAACUGAUCCGUCAGAACAAUUAUGAUAACGGUCAAUCUCCAUUUUAUGCAGCUUGUGAAGGAGGUCAUACAGAUAUAGUAGAACUGUUGCUUCAGAAUAAUGCUGAUGUGAAUCAGUGUAAAAAGAAUAGUUUUUCUCCAUUAUGUGUGGCAUGUGCAGGGGAAUACACAGAUAUAGUAGACCUGUUACUUCAGAACAACGCUAAUGUGUCUCAGUGUAAUGUGUAUGGUGUGUCUCCAUUGUUUUUGGAAUGUAAGAGGGGACAUAAAAAAACAGUAGAAAAGUUACUUAAUAACAAUGCGGAUGUCAAUCAGUGUACAGCUGACGGGGAGUCUCCAUUGUAUGUGGCCUGUGAAGGAGGAUUUACAGAUAUCGUGAAAGUGUUACUCGACAACAAUGCUGAUGUCAAUCAGUGUGAAAAACAAUAUGGACGGUCACCUUUACAUAUGGCGUGUUAUAAUGAUUCAUUUAGCAUUCGUCGUUCCAUAGAGGAAAAGUCAUAUAAUUAUAGUAUUUCUGAUAUUGAAAAUUUUGAAGAUACAUUUUCUAAGAUAUAUGCAAGUCGCAUUAAAACUGUACAACUAUUACUCGCAUUUAAUGCAGAUGUUCGAAUAUCAGAUGAGCAAGGACAGACACCACUGAAAAUUGCCCAAAGUAUUGAAAUGCAUGCAUGGCUAGUUGAUGUUUGGAGUGUGUGA